AUGCCGCCAAAUCCGCUAAAAUCGGGCUACAAAGACAAACCAUGGCCAGGAUACUUCCUCGUCCGUACCACAGGUGAGGUGGUACCUCUCAUUGCCGUCGAUGAGCUCCCUCUUGGUAUUGACCUCAUCGGUGUUCCUCGUUCACUUGACCUGGAGGGAACAAUUGGCAUGCUCAACUUGGGCCUGCAACGAAGCAGUGGCUCUCACUACCAGAUCUUCUCUGGAAAUGAGCACGGAGAAGAAAUGGGCCAGUCGAAUGGCAAAGCGAAACUCAAUAACCAUUCUGCACAACAAGUCCAACUUAGGUCUGCACCAGCAGCUCUGACCACGACUCCAAACAGUACUCCACCAUCAACACCAAAAGUAAGCAGCACAAUUCGUCCGCUUACAUCUAAUCCGGCAGCAAUCCUCUGCCGCCAUUGGUGUCAUCACGGGAUCUGUAAAUGGGGCCAGCAGUGUCGCUAUAGACACAUCAUGCCAAUGACCUUGCAAGGACUUCAAGAAGUCGGUCUUGCAGACUGGCCGGCUUGGUACCGGAAGUUGAACCCAGGAUACUUUAUCAACGAGGUCCAGGCUUCUGCUCCAGGUCUUACUGGCGGUAGAUCUAGGACGAGAGCUUGUGCUGCUGGCGGAGGACACGGAGGAGCUUGCUGUGGUGUCCUGCAUGGUAGAAAGGGGGAGAGAAGAGUUGGUGGUCCAAGUCGUGGACUUAGGGAGAGAGGAGCAGGAAGAGUAUCCAAGACCGAAGAAUUAGGCGAGCAGAUCAUCGCUAGAUUGAGGGGAAUGGCGAGAGAAGGGAAUACAAUUGCCGGGGAGAAGGGAAACAUAAUGGUGGAGAGGGCUGCUGCAAGGGAUACAAAGAACUGGGAAGAUGAGAGUAGUGAUGACAGUGAGGCUGAGGUUCAACAGGUGGAAGAAGUGAAAGGAAAUCUGGUUGAUGUUUGA